CUGGGACCCCAUCAUCAAAUACAUCAAUGAGCAGUACGAGAGGUACCUACGUGAGGAGAUCCUCAUCACCCGCAAGAGGAAGAUCCCGGAUACUCGGGUCCAUGGAUGCGUCUACUUUGUCCCCCCCACGGGUCACUGGCUGCGCCCGCUGGACCUGGAGUUCAUGCGGCGGCUUGGCAAGAUUGUCAACGUGGUGCCAGUGAUCGCCAAAGCCGACACGCUCACCCUGGAGGAACGGGCAGAGUUCAAACAACGGAUCCAGGAGGACCUGAAGACCCAUGCCAUCAGCGUGUACCCGCAGGAGGACUUCGACCAGGACCCCGAUGACAGAGCGCUGAACAACAGGAUUCGGGAGAAGAUCCCCUUUGCCGUGGUGGGGGCAGACCAGGAGCACCAGGUGAAUGGCAAGCGGGUGCUGGGCCGCAAGACCAAGUGGGGCAUCAUCGAAGUGGAGAACCCGGAGCACUGCGAGUUCCCCCUCCUGCGAGACCUGCUGAUCCGGUGA